AUGGAGAAAACGCUGAGCGCGCAGCCGCCGCCGCAGAAGAAGAAGAAAGCUUUGAAGCAGCCGAAAGCGGCGGCGAACGCCGCCGCCAGGAAGCAGCUGAAGGUGGUGUACAUCUCAAACCCGAUGAAAGUGGAGACGAGUCCGUCGGAAUUUAGGGCUUUGGUGCAGGAACUGACCGGCCAGGACGCCGACGUCCCGGGCCCGCCGUUCAAGUUCCCGGGGAGCCCCGGUGUCGGUGCCGGCGGCGGGAUGCAGCUGGUGGUUCCGGACGGGAACAAGGUCUCGGCGGAAGAACAUUCCGGCGAGGCGGGGGUGCAGCAUGGGAGCAGCGACGUGCCGGAGAGCUCAGAUCUCUCGUCGGAGACGGCGCCGGAUUACCUGCCGCAGUUGAUAGAGGAUUUUCCGGGGAUAAUGCCUUCAAACAUGUGGUAUGAUUGA